AUGUCAAACUUGAACAGCCAUGGUACGAAGCCUUGGCAACUGUUGCAGACCCUUCGGGCCAAGACAUUGGGGGAGCUGAACGUGCAUGAGCGUGAGCUACUGCUGAGCUUGAGCACGGCCUUCCGCCCAGGGCGUUUCAAGCAGAACUUGGAUUUGGAGCUUCAGCGCAUGCUCAAUGAUACUGCCAGCUGGCACUCCUCACCAGGUCUUAUCCAGGCACCACGCGUGUCUGUGAGCAGGGCAGCGCCGACGACACUGUCAGAGCUAUCCUCAAGCCCACCGCUUUCUGUCCUUGGCCCAUUGGCUCCUACUGCUCCGAGCACAAGGAAUCUGAAGGCACCUGUGGAAACUGUUGAGACCACGACACUGAUUGCUAACGGGGUCCCUGAUUCCUCCGGCGAAUUCGACUUGCUGUCGCUUCUGCCGGCCGGCAUCGCAGUUAUUUCGUCGCUAGUGGGGAUCUUUCUGGUAUAUUGCUCCGUCAAGUGGAUGCGCGGCUGCCUCCGUCGGCGCCGGGAAAGACGUGCUGAGCAAGAUGGUCACAGUCAGGGUGGCUCACCAAGGUCCGCCAGGUCAUCCCCAAGAUCACCCAGAUCACCCAGGCAUGCUGGCUCACCAAGACAUGCGCCUUCUCAAGAUGCAUUGACAGCAACCUCCAGCGUCAGCACCAUGAAAGUCAAGCGGAUGGGGACAGCUUCCACUGACCUGCGCAAGGGCACUUCUUCAGUUUUCGACAAGCCCAAGCCCACGGAGGCUGAGGUGACCUUGGCUGAUCGGCAAAGAGCUGGGCAAAAAUCAGUAAGCGCAGCAGCCAGGACCGCCCUGGGCGGAGCACUUGAGACAGAUGGUGAUGAUGGUAGCCCACGGCAGAAGAAGGGUGGCCUCAUGGGGCGUUUUCGCCGCGGCAAGGACAAAGGCUCGAGUCCAAAUCAAUCUCCGCGGAGUGGAUCUCCGAGGUCCCCUCGGUCUCCAAGAUAA